UUUGAGCUGCUGAUUUACCACCUUUUUACGAUCUUGGACUUCAAGAAAGGAGUGACUCAUUAAGCUGAAGAGGUGUCAUCAGGAGGUUGCUGCAAGAUUCUGUGUCACAAAAACUCAGUUGCACGCAUGCAACAACAAUAAUGUGCGUACAGCAAUAUUCUGUGGGCACACAUACACAACUGUUUGGAUGGCAGACCAACAAUCCCAUGCGAUCAUUGAUGAUCUUCAGGAGACAUGGCUUUUUUUUCGUGAUGGUAUUGGCUGUAGCUUGUUUCAUCAUGUUUAAUUCCAUUGGAAUCUGUCCAGCCUGUACAAGGGAUAUGUCAGCCAUUGUUGACCGGAACAUUGGGGAUUUUGUGGCACUGCCUGAUAAAGAUUGCAGUAAGAAUCCACCAUUCCUAGUAAUACUGGUAACAUCUCAGCUAAGCCAAACUACAGCCCGGAUGGCUAUCCGUGAAACGUGGGGCAAAGAAAGAAUAAUAGCAGGCAAACGCAUUGUGACAUAUUUUCUUCUAGGAAAUAAUUCACAUGUAUAUGAUCAGUUUGCUGUUACUACAGAAAGCUCACUAUAUAAAGACAUUAUCAGAAAGGAUUUUCUGGAUACAUAUUACAAUUUAACUCUGAAGACUUUGAUGGGACUUGAAUGGAUUCAUAAAUUCUGUUCACUGUCUAGCUUUGUCAUGAAAACGGAUUCUGAUAUGUUUGUUAAUACCUAUUACUUGACAGAACUUCUUUUAAAAAGAAACAAAACAAAUAGAUUCUUCACAGGUGUUUUAAGAAUACACGACCACCCAGUAAGGUAUCCAGGUAGUAAAUGGUAUGUUAAUAAACGGGAAUAUCCAGGAAGGAAGUAUCCUCCAUUUUGUUCAGGAACUGGCUAUGUUUUAUCCACUGAUCUUGCUAGUGAGGUGUACCUCAUUUCCAAUAAGGUCCCAUAUUUUAAACUGGAAGAUGUGUUUGUUGGUCUUUGCCUUGCAGAACUCAAAAUUAAACCAAAAAUGCUUCAUUCAGAGCCAACAUUUUUUACAAAGCAAGUUAAAUUUUCUCCUUGUCGCUACAGAAAACUUGUCACAAGCCAUUAUGUCACUGCUAGUAAAAUGCUGGAGUACUGGAAUGGGCUGGAAAAGUCCAUGAUUCACAAAUGCCCAGGUCAUUAGUAUUUUUCAGUUUACACACACACAUACAAA